GAUCUUUGCUAUCGCCUGUAGGAGAUUUGUGACUGUGUCCCUCAGCUUUUUUGAGCCCCCGUUAUUUCCAGGCUCAGGCCCAGCAUCAGGUCCUCAAGACCAGAAGAAUCAGGCAUUGAGCUCCUGGUCAGUCUUCUAACUUAUUUUCAUUCCUGCCACUGCAAGGAGUCCUGUCUUUGCAUACUAGCUACCUACCUCUUGCUUUUGCCUAUUCUCGACCUUUUCCUGUUUCACUUUUCUAUUCACUUCGCUGUUGCUCCCUCAGUACAUCUUCCCAGACUGCCGUGCCUGCCUUGGGCUGAGGAUCAAUUGUGUGCUCGCUCCUGCAGCUCGACUGCUCGCACAAAUCUACCUCUACUGUCAUCAUCACCGCCAUCACCAGCAAUCCUCUCCUCUAUCUCUGAUUUCCCGAUAUCUGCGACUACAAAACCACCAUCCGCUAAUCAGCCUGAAGCUGUGUGUUUCUCCUCCAUUCCGUCAUCAGCUUGUCCUCGGGACAGCUCUGGUCCUGUCCCCUCGACCUCCGCCCCGACCCCUGCCCCACCCACAGGCCUUUGUUCUCUUGUCUCCACUCACGCCUCGUUCGGACCUGGCACUGGUCAAGCGUGGGUGCACCAAUCCGCUCAGUCAGUCAGCCGACGCUUCAUCAUCACGAACCACAGACCACCCCUCACUGCUCCUCUAGGCUUCUAGUCCUACCUAAGAUCGCCCCCCAGGUGACCAGGUUGUUGUUACCACCGCCUUCUAGCAACCUUCCAUACCAAGAAGCACCGGUUUCCCGAGUUCCAGAACCCCCACAUCUCCAACCUCAUCAUCACCAAUGUCCCUCUCUGCUUCCCACCAAGCCAUCAUUGAUGCUCUGACCCACGAACUGCAAAAGGCCAACACCAACGACCCUUUGCAGCACGCUGCCAACUUUUUCAAUCAGCAGCUUGCCUCGGAGCGAUCCUCCCGCCAAUCCCUCGCCCAGGCAUCCGAGUCCCAGUCUAACGGCGGUAUGGCAGACACCGCGGGGCCCUUUGACAAACGCAGUCCUUUUGGGGCCAGCAAGAAUCCCACCAGCAUUGAAGAGGAGGACGAAGAACGUGAUUCCUUUGGCUCUCCCACCAAUGCCACCUUCAAGUCUCGCGGCGGCGAUGGCGGCUUUGGUGGCUUCAGUGCAUCUCCCUUUGGGGCUGCAGCCACCGCAGGUGGUGCAGCUGCCGGUGGUGGCCUCUUUGGCAACUGGCUAGGCAGCUCUGCCGGUGAAGAGACAGACCAAUCUACACAACAGGCCCCGGCCAACUUCACAGCCGGACGCAGAACCUCGGUGUCUGCCGAGUCAAUGCAGCCAGACGCCGACUCGGGCAAUUGGAAACCACCUAAGCACCAAAAGACUCCCGACCAACUGCAACGACUGAGAAGUGCUGUGGCCGGCAACUUUCUCUUUUCGAGCUUGGACGAAGAGUCUUUCCGGUUGGUACUUGAUGCCUUGGUGGAGAAAUCCAUUCCCGCCGCCAACAUCAAGGUCAUCACCCAAGGAGACGAAGGCGACUUUUUCUACGUCAUUGAGUCGGGUGACUUUGAUAUCUACAUCAACCCUAGUGGCACCGUGGAGCCUGGCCCCGACGGCCUCGGCAACAAGGUGGCCACGAUUGGACCUGGUGGCAGCUUUGGGGAGCUUGCGUUGAUGUACAACGCACCUCGUGCUGCCACCGUCGUCAGUGCCAACAAGGGAAGCCUCUUGUGGGCGCUCGAUCGAGUGACGUUUCGCCGAAUUCUCAUGGACAAUGCUUCACAAAAGAGAAAGAUGUACGAAGGAUUCUUGGAAGAAGUUCCCUUGCUGUCAAGCUUGAAGCCCUAUGAGCGCGCCAAGAUUGCCGACGCAUUGGAAACGGUCAAGUUUGAGCAAGGUGCCAACAUCAUCACCGAAGGAGAACCCGGAGAUGCAUUCUACUUGCUGGAGGACGGCGAAGCCUCUGCAUACAAACACGGAGUGGACAAGUCAGUCAAGGAGUACCAUCGGGGCGAUUUCUUUGGCGAGUUGGCACUUUUGGACGACAAGCCUCGUGCAGCCAGUGUGGUGGCUAAAACGACGGUCAAGGUAGCCAAGCUAGGACGAGAUGGAUUCAAGCGCCUUCUAGGACCGGUGGAAGGCAUCAUGAGACGCGAAGAAUAUGAAGGGGCAGAGCUCGACCCUUUGAGCCAGCAGAAGACGGUGACGUAAGGUAUGGUGGACGCUUCAUGACAGGAUGAAAGGUCGGUACAGCACCGGCGUGAUGCCAUGGCCUUGGGCAGGCAUGAGGGCAAUGAGGGCAAUGAGGGCACAGGAAUGGAACGAGGACCAAGGCAAAGUGAUACCAGAGAUAUGAAAGAUUGAUUGCAACCGCUGAUUUUGUUUCAUCCUGUUUUCUCUCGGAGGAGUUCAACAGGUGGUGGAUUCGUGGAAUUGAUUGCUUGCUACUGACUGGGCAUGGACGAGCCCAGGACUGCCAUGAAAGGACAUGAGCAUUCCUGUAGGUCGUAACGCCCUCCCAAAUUUUCAGGGGGGUGGACCGCAAGUCAGUUGAACGUGCAUAGUGUCUUACCAAGAUUCAAUGACAAGAGUCACUUUACUCUAUGGUGCAGUUAUGGCUGGGUCGCUUGUGUAGAGAAGAGUGAGUGUAGG